AUGGCUUCUCGCUCUGCCCGACGCUCGAGACCGCCCGACUCCGACUCUGACGACGUGCGCCCGAAUACGCCUUCCUCAACCACACUCAACGAUAGCAAACGCAUCCGAAGACAUGCCAGCCCUGUCGAGAAUGACGAGGACGAGUCGCCUGCAGCUGCAAUCCCUUCUGUCCUGUCUCUGCGUAAGUCGCAGGUGGUGGACGAUGGCACCGACGGCAGCAUCUCCCGUGGGACGUGUCACCAGCCUGGUGCCAUUGUCCGUGUCAAGCUUACAAAUUUUGUCACCUACACCUCCGCCGAAUUCUUUCCUGGACCGAAUUUGAACAUGGUCAUCGGGCCGAAUGGCACUGGGAAAAGUACGCUUGUUUGCGCGAUAUGUCUUGGGCUCGGGUGGGCACCUAGUUAUCUUGGCCGUGCCAAAGAACCCGCGGAAUUCAUCAAGCACGGCUGCCGUGAGGCCAUCAUCGAGAUUGAACUGCAGCGAUCGACCAGGUUUCGCGUGAACCCUAUUAUCAAAAGAGUGAUACAAAGAGAGGGCAACAAAUCCAAGUUCUUCAUGAAUGAGAGCCAAUCUUCAGGUGCUGCGGUCAAGCAGUUUGCGAACUCAUUCAACAUUCAAAUCGAUAAUCUUUGCCAGUUUCUUCCCCAGGACAAGGUCGUAGAGUUUGCUCAGAUGAGCCCCAUUGAGCUUCUCGCCAGCACCCAGCGAGCCGUGGCGGGACCAGAAAUGGUCAAAUGGCAUGAGGAUCUGAAGAAGCUCCGCAGUUCCCAGAACGACAUCAUGACGGAUGACAGGGAUGUCCGAGAGCAACUCGCAAAUCUGGAGGGCAGACAAGCAAUGCAACACGCAGAGGUGGAGCGGAUGAGGGAGAGGGCUACAGUCAAAAAGAGACUCGCAGCCUUGGAGAAAUUUCGACCGCUCGUUCAUUAUUACAAAGCCAAGGAGAAUAUCGCGACUGUGAAACAAAAGAUGACGGACCUAGCAGAAGAAAUCGACAGGCUUAGAAACGAGGCGGCUCCUGUCCUUCAGGAUCUAGACGUUAAGCAAGACUACCAAGUCGAGGCGCAGGCGUUCAAAGCGGCAUGUGAGAAGGAGUUGACGGCAAGUGUCAGAGAAUGCGAGCGCAAAGCAAAGGCCAUUGAAGACAGACAAGGUGUCAUAAACGACUUGAACAACGAAAUCCAAGCAGAGAAGAAGAGCGUCCCUGAAAAUAGAGCAAAGUUACAGCGAGAACAGACGAAGCUGCAAGACCUGAAGCGAAAGAAAGCAGAAGUUCCAGAAGUAUUCGAUUCUCAAGCCAUGAAUGCCGAAAUUCAAGAGCUCAGGACCCGCAUGAGAACACUGGAUGAUAAAAAAAGUGACCUGGAGUCACGUAGGACGGAAUUGGGAGACAAAGCCGACAGAGUAGUCAAACAAUACAAAAUCCUGAAGGAUCAGGUUGCAGGACUUGAGACACAAGCCGGUCAGCAGGAAAGUAAACUGGAGAACUUAUCGCGGGACACCUUCAAGGCUUGGAGGUGGAUUCAAGAACACCGCAAUGAAUUCACCGCCCAUGUGUAUGGACCUCCGAUCGUGGAAUGUUCGCUCAAAGACCCACGCAUGGCUGAUAUGGUCGAGUCUUUCCUGUCAGCCAGUGACUUCAAAUUUAUCACGGCCCAGAACAGAGCCGAUUUCAUUCUGCUCCAACGCCACUUAUCCCAGGUACUCGGGCUUCACGAUUAUUGUCUUCGUGAGUGCACCACUGACAGCUUGGACCAACUCGGUCCACCAUUGACGGGAGAAGAAAUGGAGCGGUUGGGUUUGAGCAGCUGGGCUUUGGACCAUUUGCAAGGUCCGCCAACCGUCCUCGCUCAACUCUGCCAUGAAAGAGGCCUUCACAGGUGCGCGAUCAGCUCCAGAGAGCUUAGUCAGCAACAGCACGACGCCAUGGCAAAGACACCCAUACAGAGCUACGCGGCAGGGCGAAAGACUUACCAGUUUAUACGACGCGCAGAAUAUGGUGCGGCUGGGACGUCUGCCGGAGUCCGUGACCUGCGUCAAGCCAGGAUCUGGACAGCACAGGCUGUCGAUAUGGGAAGAAAGGCUGCUUUGCAACGACAGAUAAGCGAAGUGAAAGGCGAGCACGCAGAAAUCAAGGCUGAAUCUGAUCAAAUUGCAAGAGAGAUUGCGCAAGUCGAGGAGGAACGAACAGUCGUUCAAAACAAGAUUGAUGCCAAGCAGAAAGAAAAGGCAGCAAAACAACAAGCCCUCUUAGAAUGGAAUGGAUUGGACCCCAAGAUUCAGAGCCACGAAGAUAAGAUCCACAGUUUGAAUGAAGCGCUGGCUGGAGUCAGGGCCCGGUUAAAUCAGAUCAAUGACCGGUAUGAUGCCGCUCUCAUCGACAAAACGGAAGCGGUCCUCGACUUUGUAGAUGCCACAAGAGAGGUCAAGUCGAAAACGGCCCUCCUGCUCGAAGCAGAGGUCUUCCACAUCGAGGCAAAAUCGGACUUUGAGGUGUUGAAAGAGCAAAAUGAUGACAUCCUCCGAGGCAUAAGUCAAAAGGAGACCGAGCUUACCACCGCACGUGAGCUUUUCACCCAGGAGCGCGAUCGAGCUACGACUCUUCGCGGAAUUGUUCUGGGAUUGAAGGCAGAAAGUGAAAAGGCUGCAGAGGAAGGUGAUGGCAGUCUCGCCGACCUCGUUGCUCAUAUAGUCGGAACUGUCAAAACCGAAGAGAACCUGGACGCCGAGAUCGACGCCGAGAAGGCCAAGUUGGAGCUGACAGAGGGAGGUAGUGCUGGUAUCAUCGCCGAAUUCGAGGAGCGAGCCAAAACAAUCCAAAGACUGCGGAGCAAAAUUCAAGAAGCCGAUCAGCGUCGGGAGGAGUUCAGACACGCAAUUGGAGCUAUCCGGGGCAAAUGGGAACCUCGACUAGAGGAAAUUGUUGCCAAGAUCAACAACGCCUUCUCAGAUUCUUUCGCGCGAAUUGGAUGUGCUGGGCAGGUAGCUGUCCACAAGGCAUCAUCUGAGAAUCCCGCCGACUGCACCGAAGAGAAUGGUGGAAUGGAAAACGGACUAGACUUUGCCAAUUGGGCCAUCCACAUCAGCGUCAAAUUCCGUGAGCAAGAGCCACUGACUCUACUUGACAGCCACCGUCAGUCUGGUGGUGAAAGAGCCGUCAGUACCAUCUUCUACCUGAUGGCCCUGCAAAGUCUGAGUCGAGCGCCUUUCCGAGUUGUCGACGAGAUCAAUCAGGGCAUGGAUCCACGAAACGAACGCAUGGUGCAUGGCAGAAUGGUCGAUAUCGCUGCAGAUGACGGCGGCAGCCAGUAUUUCCUCAUCACGCCCAAAUUGCUGAGCGGGCUGAAGUACAGACGGGGUAUGACAGUAUUGUGCAUUGUCAGUGGCGAACACAUGCCACCUGCCAGAGAACGAGACGACGAAGGCAACUGGCGUGAUGGACCUAAAGUUGAUUUCCGUUUGUUUGCGAAGAAGGCCAAGGAGCUGGGAAUAGGCGGAUCUACCGAGGGAAGAAGGAUCGACUCCGGUUUCGGUAUGGCUGGGAGUCUUGAGAAUGCGGACGUGUCAACAGCCGUUGGAGCUUGA